AUAAAAUUCCAAGAGAAGGAGAAGAGGAAGGCGUGGAUGGGGAUAGAAAAUGGAAGAAAAAGAUUCUCACAUCUCCUCUUGAACACGAGACGCUCUUGACUCUCAGGAAAUAGCAGAAAAAAGAUCCCACAGCCAAUCGUACCUUCAGCUCUAUCCAAAAUUGUCAUAGAAAAUUUGAAUUAGGAGCUUGAGUGAUAGAGACCAGGGAUAAAUUUGAUCCAUACUUCUAUUGCAUUUCCAUUUCGAGGCAAAAAGAAGAGAAGAAGCUCAGAAACGAACCCCCCAAAAUUGAAUUCGAUGAUUUUGUUGCAGCCCCAUUCCAGAUUUCUCCUGCAAACCUUGUUGAAUCGGGUUCAGAACCUUGAGAAAGCAAUAGAGCUUGAUUACCUCUGGGUUGAGUUCGAUGAUGUUCGCUACCAUAUUCAGGUGUCGACGAAGAACCCAAAUGUCCUGCUAUUAUCUGUCUCAUUACCCAUCCCGCCUCCGGAGACUGUUUUCUUGGGUGGACUUCCUUUUGGAGCCAUAGAAGCUAUAAAGGCUGCUUAUGGUGUGAUUGUGCAGAUUCUUGAUCCCCCUAGGGAUGGCUUUAAUCUCACUUUGAAACUCAAUUUGUCAAAACUUCCUCCAGAUGAAGGGUUGAGGCAUUCUCUUUUGGUAAAGAUUGCAUCUGUUAGGGAAGUAGUUCUAGGUGCCCCUUUAAGAAUAGUUCUAAAGCAUCUUGCUUCGAGGACUGUUGCUCCUGAUAUAGGUCAGCUUCUUGCUCUCGUGCAUCGGCCGAAUGAGUCCUUUUUCGUUGUUCCUCAGGCAGAAAAGGUUACUAUCAUAUACCCUAUGAGAUUCAAGGACUCUGUAGAUACUGCUUUUGCAACUUCCUUCCUUCAGGAAUUUGUGGAAGCAAGGCGAACAGCUGGACUUAAUAAUGUUCCUCCUUGUUUGUGGUCCCUUACUCCUCCGAUAGAAUUGAAGGAAGUUCCUGCUGAUGCACUCUCUGCAAAUGCAGGAUUUGUAUCUUUUGUCAUUUAUCCUCGCCAUGUAGAAGGCAAAAAGUUGGAUCGUGCAGUGUGGAAUUUAUCAACAUUUCAUGCAUAUGUUAAUUAUCAUGUUAAGCACUAGCAGGGGAAGUUUUAAUUUCAGAACAAAAGGCACAAAAGACAGAAAACAACUCUGAACGAGUCUUUAUUAAAUACUACUAGGUAACAUAGAGUAACCAUUAAUAAAAGUGAUAAAAUAUUUAAAUCCAAGCUUAAAAAUAAUAGGACAAGGGCCUCAAACGUCAGAAUGGACUAGCUGAAAAGGUGAUGAGGCUCGUUUAUUGACUCUAGCAAUACAAGCUAAACAAUGAUGUUUAGCAAACUGACACAAGUCACAUUCUAAAUUUGACAAUGAUUGUAACUGAGAACACAAUGUUACCAAGAUCAAUAUGGAAGGAUGUCCUGAUCGACAAUGAAAUUUUAAAAAGAUUUGAGCUACUAGAACAUACGAGUGACGUGGGUAUCGGUUGGUCUAGAAUGUAACACAAUACCCACAUGGUAGAAUACCCAAGCGUGACAGAACAGUAGAUCAGAAACCAAUCAAAGCCCACUAAAAGCCAAUCUCCUUAAAUGGAGUACCAAACUGCAAAUCAGCACCCAAGACUGCAAUAUCCAAGCCGAGUCGACACCGGAAGAGGAGACAGAGCCGUCGGAUCUUGCCGGAAAAGGCCACACGCACCAGCACAUGGCGUUGGAGCAGAAGAUUGCGAGAAGCGCAUGUGGGCUGUGCUUUGAAUAGGUGGGCAAUAUUGGGCCAAGAAACUUAUUGGUGGGAGCGGUGAUGAAAAACACUCACCCUGAACGGGUGAUCUGAAAGUGCAGAUAUAAAACCCAAAACUGCCCAAAAAAUGUAAAUUUUUUUUUGAAGUAUCAAAUAUGAGGAUGUCUCUGAUACCAUGAAGAGAUUUGAAUCCUAUAUCUAUUUCUUUGAGAAUGAUAUGAUAUUUAUAUACAAACUAUCCUAUAAUCAUGUAUUCUAACUAGGAAAGUAUCCAUAUAAUUAUGCUAAUGUAUCCCUAUAAUUAAGCUAAUAACAUUUACAUGGAUGGCUUACUAUAACAGUAUGCAAUGUAUGUUAACACUGCUAUUACAUGCAAACUUCACUUAGCUAUGCACUCCCGUGGUUUAAUUCUUUUCCUUAAUUCACUAAAUUCCUCAAAUCUUUGUAUGACAUUCUUAAUUCAGUAAAUGCCAUGUUUGUGACAAAACUUCCACUUCUACAGUGAUUUCCGGUACUAGCAGGGGCAGUUGGUUAUUAAUUGAUCAAAAUUUUACAACCUUUUUGUUCCAUUGGAGAGGGAACCCUAUAUUAUGCCUGCAUCUCUUUUGGUUCAAUUUUUAGAUUUUCCUUUUCUGGUCCUGCUGAAGGGCUCCCAAUAGUUGGGACUUUCUGCCUAAUGUACUCCUACAAUGUGCAUAAGUGGUUUUAUAGUAAAACCCCCUAUGAAGUAAAAAUGGUGUAUCUAAGACACAAUCAGUAGGUACCACCAGCAUAAAAGAGGCAUGGUUUGAACCUCAGGGAUAAACUAUGAAUGGAUAUAGGAAUAUGAGAGGAUUGGGGAAGAUGCUAUUACAAACAGAUUUUAUGAAACUCUUUUGUAGGAAUUCUUUUCCUUUUUUGCCUUUGUGUUUCUAAAUGAUUGCAAAGGUAAAUUCAUUAUUAAUGGCAUUUUAUUUUCAUUUCUAUUACUCCCUCUGCAAAACUUUAGUGUUGGAUUUGGAAGAAUGCAGGAAUGGCUUCUUGAUCAUUUGAGGUCCAUUAUGUCUUUAAGCAUGACCACUGCUAUAUAGACAUUCAAGUUUACGCUGUAGGAUAUAGGAUGCUAUGUAUUUUUACUUGGCUCACUACCAUGUAUCAGAGCUGUUUUGAUCUCAUUCUCGCCUUCCU